AUGCAGCGCAGCUCGCCGAUGAACAAGAAGCGCAGUCUCGAGGAUCUGCAGCGCGCGCUGCGUGAGGAGGCGGAGUGGAAGGACUCGAACCGCUUUGCGCAGUUCGUGGCCAACGUGGUGGGCGGCAUCGUCGUGGUGCUUGGGCUGGGCAGCUAUCUGGCCGAGGCGCUGGUUGCGCGGCUGGCCGAUGCGCCGGCACACAUCGACGAGUGCGUGCAGUACUGUCGGGGAAUCGUUGUGGCUCUGGUGAAUGAGGCGCUGGCGGAGUUCUGGACGGUGGUGCAAGGUCUCCGACACACCAAGCUCGAAGACUUGUCGGAUCCGCAGGUGGUCGCGCGUCCCUUGGGCGUCGCGGCCAUCAUGGGCACAGCCAUACUGCUCGUGCGCAAAUACAAGUGGGUGGGCUGGUUCUGCGGCCUGCAGGUUGUGAUCAUCUUGCAGUGGAUCGUGGCGCUGUAUCAAAUGGCGCGCAUUGUGCUCUCGCUGUCGCUGUAUGUCACUGUGAAGGUGGUGAAGCAGGUGCUCUUGGUCAUGCGGAGCGUGUAUGUGGGGCUCUUUCGAGUGCGAGACAAGCAGGCCGAGAGGCUGCGUCGCCUAAUGAAGACUACCAAGAGCUACCGAGAGUGGAAGCAGAUGGCGCAGUAUUUGGACGUGUUGGAAGGCAAGGACAACUGGAAAACGACGAUACGCGCCGAGGACACGGAGCACUGCGACUUCGAGCAGAUGCGUCGAAAUGUAGAGACGCUGACGCGCGCGCUCGAUGCUGGCGACAACGUGAAUGUGGACGAGCUGCGCUAUAUUGUGGCUUCGGUGGUUAUGCGUGACGAGUUGGGAGUAGACUCACCCAGUCUUCACCUGGAAUGCAACUCUGGUACGAAAACAGCAAUCACGAAGUAUAAUGCGCUGGUGAUCCGCGCGUUGGACACGCUAGCCGGAAUCAGCGACGACAAGUUCCCUCACGCGGAAAAGGUGCGCUUCUUCCGGCGGAUGAAGCAAUCGUUUGGCUCAACGGCUUUGUGUCUGAGCGGUGGGGGCUCCAUUGCGAUGUAUCAUAUGGGCGUUAUUCGCGCACUUCUGGAUGCCAACGUUCUCCCGAACGUCAUCUCGGGCUCCUCUGGCGGCUCCAUCACUGCUGCUUUCACCGCAUGCAGGACUAAUGAAGAGCUGUUGAACGAUGUCUUAGUGAGCGACAUCUCGACGCGGUAUUUCUCGUAUGGCAUCCGCUGGUUCCCACCGCUCCUCGAGCAGCUCGCACACUGCGUGAAGACUGGGUUCCUGGUGGCUUCUUCCGAAUUUGAGCGCACUACGGAGCACUACUACAGCGAGCCCAUGAAUGCCGAGGAGAAGACGAUGUACUACACGUUCCAGGACGCGUUCUUGAAGACUGGCCGCCACGUGUGCAUUACCGUCUCCGCGUCCGAUAUCUCGGGUCACAAAGGACCCAAGAAGCUGCUGCUGAGCCACAUCAAUACGCCCCACGUGCUUCUCUGGAGUGCUGUUGCCGUAUCCUGCUCUCUUCCUGGUAUUAUGAAGGGGAAACAGCUCAUGGCAAGAGAUUUCCAAGGCAACAUCGUUCCUUAUGCCUCGCUGAACAAGGAGUGGGUGGACGGCAGCAUCCAGCACGAUCUACCGAUGGAAACCAUGGCAAGUGGCUUUGACGUUACAAACUUCAUCGUGUCACAAGUGAACCCUCACGUGGUGCCAUUCGUCAGCGAUGAAAUUGACAAGCCAAGCAACAGCAAGAGCAUUUUCUACAAGUUAGAGAGCGUUAUUGCCGGGGACGUGCGCCACCGACUCAAGAUGCUCGCCUUCUUGGGCCUCUUCCCCAAGAUCUACGGGCACCAGUUCAGCUCGUACUUCAAGCAAAACUUUUCAGGAAACGUGACGAUUAUCCCGGACUUCCGCUUCCUCGAAUCGAUCGGCAUCAAAGCUAUCCUAAACCCGACUGUGCAAGACAUGACACAUUACAUCGAAGGGGGCCAGCGGGCCGUGUGGCCUAAACUGGCAUACAUUCGCCACCUUUGCAGCAUCGAGAAGUGCCUCGACCAUCACUUGGAGGAAAUGCUCGGCGCCUCUGCGUACUCGUAUAAGAAUUGGCUGCACCCAAGCGCAACAAUGGAGGCAGACGAUGCAAAGAAGACGACUAAAGUUGACUAA